AUGGCUCGUGAAGGCCUCCGCACGUUGGUGGUAGGCCGGCGAAAUCUAUCCGAUCUGCAAUACCAAUCCUUCUCAAGCGCCUACAAAGAGGCUUCCCUGUCCCUCCAAGACCGCGAAGCCGGAAUGGCCGCCAUCAUCAAGCAACAUCUCGAACACGACCUCGAACUCCUCGGCGUAACCGGCGUAGAAGACCGUCUCCAACGCGACGUCAAACCCUCCCUUGAGCUCCUCCGCAACGCCGGCGUGAAGAUCUGGAUGCUAACCGGCGACAAAGUCGAAACCGCCCGCUGCGUCGCCAUCUCCGCCCGUCUCGUCGGCCGCGGCCAAACAAUUCACACCAUGGCGCGAAUCACCACCAAAGCCCUCGCCUCCGACUCCCUCGAACAGCUCCGCAACCGCCCCGAAGCAGCCCUCCUAAUCGAUGGCGAGUCCCUCGCCCUCGUCCUCCGCCACUUCCGCACACAAUUCAUCACCAUCGCAGUCAAACUCCCCGCCGUGAUCGCCUGCCGCUGCUCUCCAACCCAGAAAGCCGAAGUCGCAACCCUGAUCCGCACACACACCAAGAAACGUGUCUGCUGCAUCGGCGACGGCGGCAACGAUGUCAGCAUGAUCCAAGCCGCCGACGUCGGGAUCGGCAUAGUCGGAAAAGAAGGCCGACAGGCCUCCCUCGCGGCCGACUUCUCCGUCACGCAAUUCUGCCAUCUCACAAAACUCCUAGUCUGGCACGGUCGGAACUCCUACAAACGCAGCGCGAAGCUAGGUCAGUUCAUCAUCCACCGCGGCCUGAUCAUCGCGGUGUGCCAGACUAUGUACAACAUUGCGGGCCGGUUCGACCCCAAGGGCCUCUUCAAAGACUGGCUGCUCGUCGGCUACGCAACGGUUUACACCACAGCCCCAGUCUUCUCCCUCGUCCUCGACCGCGACGUCGACGAGCAUCUGGCAAACCUCUACCCAGAACUCUACAAAGAGCUCAAAUCGGGGAAGAGUCUGAGCUACCGCUCCUUCCUCACAUGGGUCUUGGUGUCGGUCUACCAGGGCAUCAUCAUUCAAGGCCUGAGCCAACUUCUCGUCGGCGCAACCGAUGGGCCGAAGAUGCUCAGCGUUUCGUUCACAGUACUCAUCCUCAAUGAGUUGAUAAUGGUGGCGGUCAGCGUCACGACGUGGCAUCCGAUCAUGAUCGCAUCGAUUGUGGGCACCGGAGCUAUAUACGCUGCUAGUGUGCCGUUCCUGGGCGAAUACUUCGAUUUGAAGUAUGUCGCGAGCUGGAGCUGGGCGUGGCGCGUCGCAGCCAUCGCAGCCAUCAGUUUGGUGCCAGUGUGGGGCGGAAAGUUGAUUGGAAGGGCGGUGAAGCCGCCUAGCUAUCGGAAGUUAAGAGGGAUCUAA